UGCGCCGACCGCACGCCCUUCCACUCACGCGAAUGUGUCAUCUUCACAUUCGGACAAAAUUUCGCAUAUAAAAGUGUGCCGCACUAAUUAAUUCCCGUAUCCUAUCUAGUGCAAUUAUCAAUAAAUAAUUUACAAAAUGUGUUUAAGAAGUACGUCCGUUUAUUUUUAUUUGACUUUCCUAGCAAGCUAUGUGUUAGCGGACUGCGGACCAAGACUGAAAUACGCAUGGGGAGAUGCGCUCCAAGGCACAGACUGCGCGGGACCAGAUGGAUCUCCGUACCCUAGGCACUUGGUGAACAGGGCGCUAAAGUCAGGUCCAUGGGGCCAGUCCUCGCGGCAGGCGCGCACCGCACGGACACUCGACCCGGCCAUCAUGCGGCGCGCGCUGCUCGACGCACACGCAGGCUACUCCGAAAGGCCCAUGACCACGGCUGGUGGAGGGAAUAGAACGGGUCGGUCAAGCAACGUACCAGGGCUGUCACCGAUGAGCACGAACUCGUGUGGCGGCACGCGCCUUUGCCGCACGAGGUACAACACCACUGCACCCAUGUACGGUGUGUCCUUAACGUCGGGACAGCCUGUUACCAUCGUCCAGAAGUUCCCAGACUUAUUGCAGCAGGUUGUUUUUGAAGUUUGCGAAUCAAGCGAAUGCUCAGUGGUACGCGGGUCAUGCACCCAGACGUACGUCCCAUACUUGUUCCUAGUACUGCCUCUCGGCCCAGUCACGCUUACCGGCCAGGACUACGUGCUUGUCGAGUCCGGCUGCGUCUGCCGGCCCGAUCCUUCAUAGGUCGGAGGGUCGAACUGGCUUGUGGACUACUCACCUUCGGAGUGAAAACAUGGUAACCCUCUACUGAGGGUCCUCUUUUAUUCUCCAACGUUUGGUAUAUAC